AUGUCCCUCACGCAAGAGCAGCUCGACCGGACCCUCGAGCACGUCGGCUACCCCCGGUCCCGGCACCACGCCGACCCUCUGCGGCGCCUACAGCAGCUGGUACUCCGACACGUCGCCCGCGUGCCCUUUGAGAACGUCGGCAUCCACUACAACCCGACGCACCGGCUAUCCCUCGCCCUCGACGACUUGUUCGACAAGAUCGUCGCGCGCAGCAAGGGCGGCUACUGCGUGGAGCUCAACGCGCUCUUCGCCGCCGUCCUGCGCGGCCUCGGCUACCAGGUCCUCACCGUCGGCGGCCGCGUCCGCGCCGGCCAGCCAACCUACACCGGCUGGUCUCACAUGUGCCUCAUCGUCACCGUCGACGGCGCCCGCUACGUCGUCGACGUCGGCUACGGCGCCGACGCCGCCAUGCAGCCCAUCCCGCUCAUCUCCGGCACCGAGUUCACCGUGCUGGCCCCGCGCCGGGGCCUCCUCGAGCACCGCGCCAUCGACCAGCACACGGACCCGAGCCAGCGGCUGUGGGUGUACUCGACGCGCGACUCCGACGCCGACGACGCGCCGUGGGUCGAGCAGUACUGCUUCGCCGAGCUCGAGUGCUUCCUCGCCGACUACAACAUGGUCAACUACUACACCAGCACCAGCCCGAACAGCUUCUUCAUGCCGCACGUGCUGGCCGCGCGCGCGCUGCUCGAGCCGGACGGCGAGGACGAGGUGCGCUUGGCGGGCGUCCUGACGUUUUUCCGCGGGGAGGUGCGGCGUAGGAAGGAGGGAAGCACGGAGAGGGAGGUCCUGGAGACGGUGACGACGGAGGCGGAGAGGAUCGCGGCGCUGGAGAGGUGGUUCGAAAUUCCGUUGACGGAGGAGGAUCGAAAGAGCAUCUUCUCCACGGGGCUGGCGCUGGACAAGAAGCCGGAGUAG